AACACGAACAUAACUGGUAUAUUUACUUACUUGCGUUUUCAGUACUUUCAUUUGUUGCUAGUAAAAGCGCCAGGUAGUAUUUUAACACUAGAUUAUCUUAAAAUCAUUACAAUAGGAGCACUUCUAGAUAAAAUGAUUUCGUUCAUUUAUUUAAUAUUACACACUACGAACGCGACAGACAUGGCUAGUUAAUACAAACUGAGCUAGUUAAUACAAACAAGCUGAAAAGCGAUUCUGAACAUUACACGGAUGUUAUAAACACAUACUGUGCUAAAACUCAACCGUCAUAGAACUCAACCCUCUGAACUGACACAGAAACGGGCAAAUUGUUUGUUUAUAACCACCUGAGAAAAUGGAAUUGUGUGAAUGAAACAUCUGGCCAGAUGUGUAUUGUACACUUGCCCUGUGUCCUGCUUCCUCUUCCCUGUUUCUUACAGCCAUCGACGUGCAUUAGAUUCCUAACCCUGUGUUAGAGGAGGAGGAAAACCUGAAGGCGAAUGGAGCGUUUAGUGGGCGUGGGUGUGGGGCCGCUGGCUGUAGGUGCAGUUGGUCUGCUGUUGUUACUGCGGAUGAUCCACAGAGCAAAACGAAAGCAAGUUCUCCAGGAUAAAGUGGUGGUGAUCACUGGAGCCAGUUCAGGCCUGGGCAAAGAAUGUGCGCGAGUGUUUCAUGCUGCGGGAGCACGACUUAUCCUGUGUGGACGCGACCAGAAGAGGCUACAGGAGGUUGUAGAGGAGUUAAGGGUUAAAACAGAUGGCAACAGAGGUACAAAGACCUAUACACCCUGCACAGUGACCUUUGACCUCUCUGACACGGAGACAGUCGCCAAGGCAGCAGAGGAGAUUCUGAAAUGCCACGGUCACGUGGACGUCCUUGUUAACAACGCAGGCAUUAGCUACCGCGGUUCCAUCCUGGACACACACGUCUCUGUGCAGAAGGACGUCAUGGACACAAACUACUUCGGCCCUGUUGCUCUAACUCAAGCAAUUCUUCCCUCCAUGGUGGAACGAGGUGCUGGACAUAUAGUCGUCAUCAGCAGCGUGCAGGGGAAGAUCGCCAUUCCCUACAGAUCUGCUUAUGCAGCCUCCAAGCAUGCGACGCAGGCGUACUUUGACUGCCUACGGGCCGAGGUGGAAAGAUUCGGCCUACAUGUGUCAGUCAUCAGCCCCGGAUACAUUAGAACCAACCUGUCACUCAACGCUGUUACUGGAGAUGGAUCCAAAUAUGGCGUGAUGGACAAGACCACAGCAGCAGGACGGGACCCAGUGGACGUGGCUCAUGCUGUUCUGAAGGCUGUCACUUAUAGACAGAAAGAUGUUUUAUUAGUUGGGCCGCUGCCCGCUCUCGCCGUCUACCUCCGCACUCUCUGGCCCGCCGCCUUCUUCAGAGUGAUGGCCUCUCGAGCCAAGAAAGAGAAGGGAAUAAAAGAACAAUAAGUAGCAGCCACAGUUUACAGAGUAAGAUCGUCUCUACAGAAAACUGUCUUUGUCUUGUGAUUGAAUGCAUUUUUAACAGUGUUUCUAGAAGUAUAACGGAAUUUCAGAUAUACCUUAAAUAUUUCCAUGCAGUAGAUCUGGUUAGUCCCUCCAUUUCAGGCUUCUGUUUGCAUCUUUCUGGCCCAGAAAAAGGCUCGACUAGAGCUGAAGCAGAGCUUACAAGCUGCUCUUUUAACAUAUUUGAUAAGGAUAUCCUGGGAUCACUGAGAGUGAGGUUAGAAAUACACAAUGGCUGCAAUGCCAGUCCAUCCCAGCACACCAUUUACACACACUCACACACUCCUUCAUACCUAGAGGCAAUUUAGAGUAGCCAGUCCACCUACUGGCUUGUUUUUGGGUGGUGAGAGCAAAAUAGAGAAACCAACGUGAGAAUGCAGACAGUAACACGAGCUCAGGAUUGAACUGGGAACCCUGGAGCCGUGAAGCGGUAGCGCUACCUGCUGCACUAUAACGUGAUUUUUUUUUUUUUUAAGAUAUAAAAUUGCCAUUUGAACAUAGAUCUUGAAUGUUGGUUAUUGUAAUGUAAUAAAGCUAAUAACUGGAAUAAAAGACAAGGGUAUUAAAACAUUCUCUGUGGUAUUGUUUCCCCUAUUCUCUUAGUUCCUAUAUUGAACUUGUCUACUGGUCACUGAGUGUACGAAUACCUUUUCAGUCAUUUUCCCCACUCUACUACUCCUUUUCAUUCCUCAAGUGACAUUCUACUGGAUUUCAGAAAAAAAAAAAAGAGUAGAACAAUGCAUUCCUACAUGUCCUUCAUCAACUUGGAUUCUGUCACUUUUUUCUUUUUUGUUUCUUGUCACUUGAUUAUGUGCUUUGGUGAGGAAGCGAGGCAGACAACUGUUGUAAAAUUAGAGGUAUUCAUUUACUUUGCAGAGUGGGCAGCACUGCGUUGUAUUUAUACACCAAGAUGCUUCAGAAUGUGAUCUCAUUUCGAAUUGACAUCACCUACCAUCAGUUUACUAACUCCAUAAAAAAGCCUCAUUUUUCAGGCUGGAUAACAAACAAAUUUAUUCAAAUAAAUUCAUCUGUAUGGAGCGUUUACACGAGAUAUGCUAUUCAUGAAAAUCCUGUUCAGAAAACAUUUGUAUCUUACGAGACCUCCUGAGAUUGCGCAAAUUACAGCCAUGGAGACACUUAAAACAAUUAAACAUAGCAGUUUCUCUGUGAUUGUUUGGUGUCCAUGAUUGCCUGGGU